AUGAAAAUUCGAUUAUUAUCAAUUAUAACAAUCAUUAUACAAUGCAUUCCAUCCAUCUUAUCAGCUACGUCAAAUAAUCAAAAAGAAAGUUCAUCAUCUUAUUAUUAUGUGGUACGUUCACCAAAAAUUGAAAAACGAUCAUAUACAGAAGAUGAAGCAUUAACACAUCAGAAAGAAAAAACAAAAAUUGAUACUGCUAUUCAAACAUAUACAAAAACAACAAAUACAUCCACUUCACCUUUGUCUCCAGCAUCAUUAUCAAUAACAUCGUCAUCUUAUGGUAAUAAUGUGAAAAAGAAUAACGGUGCAUACAAUGUUAAACCUAAUGUAACUAUGAAUGCAGAAAGUAUAUAUCAAGAUAAAAAUUCAUUAAAAUAUGUGAAAACUGUAAAAAAACGUCGAGAAAUCAGUGAAGUUAUUAAACAUAUACCAAAACCGACAUAUAAUCAACAAUCGAAUAAAUAUACUGAUCAGAAUAAGAAAACUAAUAAUUAUAAUGAUAAAAAGGAAACAAAGAAUUACAAUAAUGUUAAUAAGAAAUACACAUAUUCUGAUAGUAGUAGUAGUAGUAGUAAAAGUAAUGACAACAAUCAUCACAAUGAUAAAAACUACAAUAAUAAUAAUUAUAAUUAUAACGCCCAUAAUAACCAAAGACGUUAUAAUGAAAAUCGUAAUAUCGGAAAUAAUAACAAUUACAAUCGUAACGGUAAUCAAAACUAUCAGAAUGGUUAUCGUGCUUACAAGUACAACUACAAUGGUAAUAAUAAUAAUAAUAACCGGAAUAAUUUCAAUGACAAAUCUAAUUACAAUUACAAUAAUGAUCGUAAUAACCACAAUAACAAACGGAUUAAUCACAAUGUCAAUUAUAAUAUCAAUAACAAUGACGCUUACAAUGGAUAUGAUAAUUACAAAACCAGCAAUCAUCCUGAACCUAAUAUACCCUAUCAAAAUAACAAUAAAUAUAAUAACAUUGAAAAUUAUGUGAAUAAUGAUAAUAAUAAUAAUAAUUAUCAUGAUAUGUACAAUACUAAAGAUUAUGAAACUAAUAGAAAUCCUGAUAAUUAUGGUAGCAGUUAUAUUAGAAGUAAAUUAGGUAAACCAGAUUAUUCUACUCCUGCAGAAAGAAGUAAUGAACAAAAUUAUCCAUCAAUGACAAAUACAGAGAAUGAACAAUCAAACAAUCAAGAAAGUAAUCAAUAUGGAAAAGAAAAAGAGAAAGAUACAGAUUUUGAUCCAUUAGGACAAGAUGUUAAUCCCAUGUCCAGUUUAAAUCCUUUUGGUGGUUUGUUCAGUUUAGGACAAAUGGGAAAUGGAGGGUCAGGUUUUUAAAUUUUAUGCUAACUAAAUGAUUAACAAUUACUCAAAUUCAUGGAUAUAUUGU